UCUACGAAAUCCGAAUCCCCACUGCUUUGAAAAGCGAAAGGGAUUUGCGUGCGCAAGCGCAAUUCGAAGAACGCACAACACAAAAGCUUCGUUUUGAAAAAUUCCUUCUCCCAUGGCUUCAGUUCGGAAGCGAACGCUUUCUUCUCGAUAACGGAUAGAGCAAAGCAGGCGAAAAAGCUGUUGAUCAUCGAAAAUGGCUUCUCUCAGUUCAUCCAAAAAGGUUAGAGGUUUCUGUAGAUUUCUCUCUUUCUUCUCAUGGCAACUAGAAUCCGUUUUUUCUCUCGGCUUUUCUAGGGCUAGGGUUUCUGUACUUUUCCUUUCUCCGUCUUCUUCCCAAAACAGAAAAAAGAUUAAGAAUACUUCUUCCCUCGUUAUAUGGUCUUCUUGAAUCCACGAACGCGUGACUGUUUAUUUCUAGGGUUAGGAUUUUCUCUUUUCCAUUCGUUUAUCAUGGCCUCUGAUCUUUAAUCGGUGCCUUCUCCGUCAUUGAAGCGUACGUUUUAAGAGAUCUCGUCUUCAGAAGGAUUUGAUAGCUUUUGAUAAUAAUUAGAAGAUGCGAAGUCGAAGACCUGAGGCUUAUCCAACUAACAGUGGCACACGAGAGGAGCGGGCUCCGCGCUCUCGCCGGAGCUUGAGCCCUCAUGAAGUUGAGAGGUCUCGGAGGGGCUUGGGAAGAGAUCGUCGUAGCACUUCAAUUGAAAUGAGGGAUUACGCUAGACGUUUUGAUGGUGGUAGGGAAGAUGGUGGUCGUGUCCGUUCUCCAUCCCCCCCUUUUGGGCAAUCCAGGAAGCGAUCACAAUUUGAUGAGGAUUUCCCUCGUAGAGAUUCUCUGACUACUGAGUUCCGGAAGAAAUAUCAAUUUACCGAGAGUUUGGAUUUGACUGUUGCUCCAAGCUCUAGUUUGAAGCACUUUGGCAGCAGUGCCCUUACUAAUAGAAUUACUAAAGAGGAUUUUCAUGGUCGUGGUUCCUCAGCGCUUGAUGGGAAUGGGAUAUCAGUCCGGAAAUCCAUUUACCCAGAGGAAGGAACACAACCAUCUUUCUAUAAGCUGCCUCCUGACGCUGGACCAACAUUAAAUCCUGGCAAAAUUGGCAGUAAUUAUUCAACUUCUGCGUCAUCGGGUUAUUUGAAAAUUGGCCUUGGUAAGGAUGAGGACCUUUGGUAUCACGACCGCUUGCGUCCAGAAGUAUCAGCUAGAGAAUCUUAUAAGAAAGAAGAAAAUGCUAUGUUCUCUUCAAGGGAUAUUGCUUGCUCUACAGUGCCAUUGUCUCAUUCCAAGGAUCUUGGUGGCACAUCUUCAAGCCUUUUGAAGGAUGAAUUCCGAGGUCCUUACCAGAACCGUCUGCCUUUUGACCAUGAUAAAUAUAGCCGUGCAGCACCUUUUGACACUGGAAGGAACCCUGGUCUACAUAGAAAGGACACAAUAUCCUACCAGCCAGGCUCACAUAACCUGGUCGCGGCUGGGCGUCAUGAUUAUAAUUACCCUGAGCUUGGGAGAAGAGACAGGGAUGCAGCAUAUCAAUCUGAUGAUAUAUACAGAAAGAUGCUGCCCAGUGGUCGAGCAGACUAUGACCAUAGAGAUCAACUAGGGGCAGAUUAUAUGGUAAAUAGUCAAACUGAAAGUUCUCAUAGAAGUCUGAGGGAGACAGGGUUUUGGGACCAUCCUUCUUUACAAGGAGAACCACACCCAGAUUACCUUGGAAUGAACAGGGUUCCACUGACAACAGAGAAAAAAAGGGAGUUUGUGGGUCCUAGAAGUGCUCAAGUUGAUUUUGGAACAAGAGUUUAUGGUGAUCAUGAAAUGUCUAGGUUGGGUGUGGAUUAUGGUUUUGGAAGAGGUGCUCAUUCAGGGCUUUAUAAAGAGGGAUUAAAGAAUCCAUCUGUGUCUGAUGUAAGCCCACAAAGGGUGUUGAAGACUGAUGAACUUGGCAUCUAUGAUGCAUCUGGAAUUGUUGCUAAGAGAAAAUACAGCAUGGAUGAGGAGAUGAGUGGGCAUGGUUCCAGAAUCCCAUUUUCAAGUAAAAGGAGCACUUCUAGCCGUGUUCAGGAGCUGGUUGACAGUGAUGAACAAUGGUCUGGUAAAAAUCGAAGUGGGUUAUUACAUUCUAAACGUUUGAGUUUUGGGCACUUUCCGAGUAGAAAGGCUGGGAGGUCAUUUGCCAGAAUUGCUCAUCGCAAGUUCCUUGCAACUGAUGAUAGGUUGCCAGCUCAAGAUCUAGCAGGACAUGUGCAAGGGCAUCGUAUUGAAUCAAGUAUCCGUGGUGGAGGAAAAAUAAGUGUAAAGAAGCGAUUGAGACCUGGUCCCUCAAAUUUUCAUAAUCCAUUCAGACAUGAUUUUCACAAAUCAUAUAAAUAUUUGAAGAGGAAUCAUGAUGAUCUUCAUGGAGGUAUGAAUGUACAUGAUGAUGAACAACCAAAAGAUCAGCCAAAUUCUGUCAAGUCUGACCCACCAAAAGAUUCUGAAGAGUUUAAGCAGCUGGUACAUAAAGCAUUCCUUAAGUUUGCAAAACAGUUGAAUGAGAACCCAGCUCACUGGAGAAGAUACAAGGAACAAGGAAAAGCCAGUAUUCUACGUUGCAGCGUGUGUCGCAGCCUCUCAAAAGAUUUUAUAGAUACACAAAGUUUGGCAGCACAUGCCUGGAUGUCUCCCAAGGUUGGAUUAAGAGCAGAGCACUUGGGUCUUCACAAAGCAAUCUGUGUUUUUAUGGGAUGGAACAGUUCUGUCGCCCUGGAUAGUUCAUGGAAUCCCCAAGUAUUACCUGAUGCGGAAGCUUUGGCUGUGAAGGAGGACCUCAUUUUAUGGCCUCCCCUUGUCAUAAUCCAUAACAGUUCAAUUGGGAACAAGAAUCCAGAAGGACGGAAGAUUGUAACGAUAGAAGAAAUGGAAGCUAAGCUCAGAGAUAUGGGGCUUGGUGAGGGAAAAACUAAGGUAUGCCGUGGGAAGCCUGCAAACCAGAGUAUUAUGGUGGUCAAAUUCCUUGGAACCUUUUCUGGAAUGCAAGAUGCUGAGCGCCUUCAGCAGUAUUUUGUUGACACCAAACAUGGGAGGCAAGAGUUCCAGCAGAUUAAUUCCAGUGGCAACAAAAAUGGAAGUGGAGAAGCAGGAGCACAGGCGGACCAUAUCCUAUAUGGAUAUAUGGGGAUUGCAGAGGACUUAGAUAAACUUGAUUUUGAAACCAAGAAAAGAUGCGUUCUGAAGAGCAAGAAGGAGAUCAAAGCCAUUGCAGAUGCUCCUCUCAACUGAACGAGGGUGCCAAAUGUGUUAUAUAAUGGUCAAAUGUAAGUAAAGCCUAAUGACUACUAGUUUUUGCUGAUUGAGUGAAAAAGAAUACCGUCAUACUGAUCAAAUUUGGGAUUUUAUACGCUAACCACAUAACAAAUUUAUUUUUAGGGGGCCAAGUGUAGAGCGUUCAUAUUCUUUUUUUUUUUUUUUUUCCGUUGAUAUGUGGGUGUACGCUCUGACUAAUGAAAAGCAAUUGUCUUUUUUGAAGUGCAA